AUGGCUGGCGGUGGUCACAACAGUCUCGCCUUUGACCCGGCGCUGGUCAAGUACAACCAGAUGUCCGUGGAUCGCUACAAGCACUUCAAGUGGACUCCUCGUACUGCCUGGCUCUCGAUCAUCUUCGCAAUCGCUAUCCCUAGCUCGCUCUACUACGUCGCCAACAAGACUGAUGGCAAGUACGCGUUCCGCGGCAAGAGAAGAGGAGACACCAUGAAGGAGUUCUAAGCUCGAAGAUGAACGGGAGGUCACGAACAAACGCCACGCCAAAAUUGGCCAAGAUACACAAUUAUACCACCAUAUCAAUAUCAAUCCCAUAGGAACUAAUCUCUUAGUGCUGGUCACCAUAACUGCUGUUAUUCGUGUAAAACUAGAAGCUCGUUGGCCUCCAAAUGCUCAUGCACACGCUGGAGAAAAUUCGGACGGUAGUUCUGAAACCGUGUUGGCUGUGUAAACCUUGUAUUGCCUAAUGUUUUCUCUUACUCAUGUCGAGGUGGAUGACUGGUUGGCCUGAUCUUUCUCGAGUUGAAAAGGCCUCUUGCUUUCUUAAGAUAGUUCGAUGUCGCAAAAGCAGCGACGGUGAGCGCUUUUGUCUAUAGAUACGAAAGCCAGUCCACAAGAAUAGUAAUGUCUUCUUCUGCACACGAGAAGAGACCCCACUCCUAUGUGCCUGU